AUGUCUCAAUUGCCCGUUAAGAACGUCGGUGUGCUCGGCUGCACUGGUUCGGUCGGCCAGCGCUUCAUCCUGCUCCUCCAGCAGCACCCGUCGCUCAAGCUCGUAGGCUUGGGUGCCUCAUCUCGAUCCGCCGGGAAGAAGUACCGCGACGCUGUCAGGUGGAAGCAGGCACAGCCUAUCGCUCCCGAUGUCGGCGACCUGAUCGUUCGCGACUGCAAGGCCGGCGAGUUCGCCGACUGCGACAUUGUCUUCAGCGGCCUCGACAGCGACGUCGCCGGUGACAUUGAGAAGGAGUUCCAGAAUGCCGGCCUUGCCGUCUUCUCCAAUGCGAAGAACUACCGCCGCGAUCCCCUCGUCCCCCUGGUCGUCCCUACCGUCAACCUCGACCAUCUCAAUCUCAUCCCCCACCAGCAAAGGACGCUUGGCCUGAACAAGGGCUUCCUCGUGUGCAACAGCAACUGCGCCGUCAUUGGGCUCGUCAUCCCCUUCGCCGCCCUGCAGGCGCGUUUUGGCAAGAUCGAUACCGUCUCCGUCGUGACCAUGCAGGCCGUGUCGGGUGCGGGAUACCCCGGUGUUAGCAGCAUGGACAUCAUUGACAACGUGGUGCCCUUCAUUUCUGGCGAGGAGGACAAGCUCGAGACGGAAGCACAGAAGAUUUUGGGCAGCAUCAACGCCGAGGCGACCGCCUUCGAAGAUCAGAAGACGUUGAGAGUCUCGGCAGCCUGCAACCGGGUCCCCGUGUUGGAUGGUCACACCGCAUGUGUGUCCCUGCGAUUCGCCCAGCGCCCUCCCCCAACGGCCGAGCAGGUGAAGGAGGCCAUGCGGGAAUAUGUCUCCGAGGCACAGCGGCUGGGAUGCCCCUCUGCUCCUGAGCCACCCAUCAAGGUGUUCGACGAGCCCGAUAGGCCGCAGCCCAGACUGGACCGCGAGCUCUCGAAGGGUUACACCGUCAGCGUGGGUCGUGUCAGGGAGGACGACAGUGGUAUCUUUGAUAUCAAGUUUGUUGCCCUGAGCCACAACACUGUCAUUGGUGCCGCCGGUUCUUCCAUCGUCAACGCUGAGGCUGCGGUGCUCAAGGGUUUCGUCUAA